AAGACGUGUUCUUUGUUUCCUCAGUCUCCCAUGGCUUCUCUGGUCUCCCCUCGCGGAGGUCCCUCCAGGCUCAGGUUCUCCUCAUCCAGCCUAUCUUACGAUGGGAAACCCUGGGCCGUCUCCUCGGCACCGGCGCUCAACUCGGCGCUGUCCAAUGGGAACAACGACAAGGAGGUGAUGCAGAACCUCAACAAUCGUCUGGCCAGCUACCUGGAGAAGGUGGCGUCUCUGGAAAAGUCCAACAGGAAGCUGGAAAUUCAGAUAAGAGAGAAGAUGGCAGCAAAUGAUUACGUGAAGAAAGACUACAACGACCAAUACAAUCUGAUCCUCAGCCUCAGGAAGCAGAUUGGGGAUUCGAUCUUUGGAAACACGCGACUGCUGCUGGCUAUUGACAACACCAAGCUGGCCGUGGAUGACUUCCAGGAUAAGUUGAACACGGAGUCCGCGCUGCGCCAGUCUGUGGAAAGGGACAUGGUUGCCCUACGGAGAGCGAAGGAAACGAACGAAGCCAACAAUGAAAGCAUGAGAGCCGACCUAGACAGUCUACAGAAUGAGCUGUUGACCUUAAAGGCCGACCAUGAAAAGGAACUGGCAGCUGUCAAAAAUACAUUGGCACGUACAAAGGUAGAGGUUGAGCUGGAUGCUGCUCAAGGGCCUGACUUGCAGAGCCUAUUGUCUGAAAUUCGUGCACAAUAUGAAGACAUCAUAAGGAAGAACAAGGAGGAUGCAGAUACCCUAUUCCAGGCACAGUACGAAACUAUGACAUCACAGAUAGCAAAGGAAGAUGAAGAUGUCCGGAGGGCACAGGACGAAUUGCGGGAGAGGAGAACUGUGUUGCAAGGCCUACAGCUGGAACUGGAGACUGCAGGAAACCAGAUUAACGCCUUGAGACGGGACCUUGACGACACCGAGCUCCGGUACAAGAAGGAACUAGAACGACUCCAGGGCAGCAUAGGGGCUGUAGAACAAGACAUGUCGGAGGUCCUGCGCGCCGUCCAGAACACCAAGCUGGAGUAUGAAGCGCUGUGGAGGAUUAAGGAGACCCUGGAAGCCGAAAUUGCGGAGUAUCGGCGUCUACUGGAUGGAGAAUCGCCGGAGAAGACCCCUGAACCAAAACAACACGACAUUCGAACCAAGAAGAUUGUAAAGAUUGUCACACAGACGCUGGUGGACGGGAAAAUCGUCGGUGAAUCCAGUGAGGUUGAAGAGUUUGAGAAUGCUGAGAAGGCCAACUAAGCAAUCCAGUCACUGCCUGAGCUGAAGGCUUAACAAUCGUGUAACAAAGUCAUCUGCAGCAGCUUCUCGGUUGUCUCGGCCAUUGAUGGGGUUCUUGGAGUGUACCGUGUAGAGCAAAAUGGAUGUUUUCUG